AUGCCGAAGUGCCCAAGUUGCCAGAAGGAAGUUUACUUUGCUGAGCGAGUAACCUCGUUGGGCAAAGAUUGGCACCGUCCUUGCCUCAAGUGCGCGCGAUGUUCAAAAACGUUGGCACCGGGGUCGCAUAGUGAGCUAUCUUUUAUCCCCCUUUUUGAGUCAAAUUUUUCACUCUCACUUCCGAACCGUCUUAAUCACUGUUGCCCUCAUCCUCGACUUGAUGCGCAGACCCCGCUUGACCAACUGAGGCGAACAAAAUGUGGACCGUGCGGGGCUGGCUGUCGUAGGGGGGGGGGGGGAUGA